CAGUUCAGAAGUGAUGUGGCUUUGGAAGUACCGAGGAAAAUCAUGAAAGGAUCGUCGGUUUCUUGUUUUGUACAUAUUUCGUGUUUAGUUUUAGUGUUCCUUGUUCUUGGAGCUUCCAGCAAAGAUUGUGGAGAUCCAGAAUGCAAAAGUGUUAUAGCGAUGGGCAGGGUUGCCUUGAACUACAAAGGUGGCGGUGGCCAGAAAGUGAACCUGGUUCAAGCGGAAACCGUAGAAAUUUUAGCGAGAAACAUCGGAAAAGAAAGAAUGUAUUGGGUACGAAAGGCCAACGGCCAGGAAGGUCUCGCAGCUAAGCACUUCAUUCAUGAAAGUAGUAUCUUAAUCAAAUCCAUUGACCUCCUAAAGUUGCCCGAAGAUGCUCCAAAAGAGAAAGCAAAUGAUAUCAAACCAACGGUAGUAGUGGAUACGGUUCCAGUUGACCAAACAGUUGUGGAAGGAACAGUCCUUGCAAACAAUGUUGCUUCGGAAAACUUAACACCACUAUCUGUCACGGCCACAGAAGCUCCGACUAUUGUUCAACCAACGCCAACCUUGGAAGUUAUCCCAACCGGUCAGGCUACAGAUACCGUACCGUUGGAUUCGAACACCCAAACUAAAGAAGCUUCCGAAGAAGAUGGCGAGGACGAUGAGGACGAAGAUGAAGCUGACGAAGAGGACGACGAAGAGGAAGAAAACGAAGAAAUUGAUGAUCAUGGAGAAGAGAAUCCGGAAAGCAAAACCAAUAACCAUCAAAAUCAAUCAUCAAGUGAACCUGUAGACGUGGAAGAUAAAGGUACUGAUAACGUUUUAGAUGAAAACAACGAUAAACAGACUGAAGACACUGGUUCUCCAGAGCCUCCGGUUCAAGAUGAAGCAACAGACUCACCUGACAAUGUGUCGGCUGGCGAAAAAAUAACAAUGAAUACAAAAAAUACCGAACCUGAAAAGAAAAUGGAAACGUUCAAUACAAAUGAUGGUCAGCAACAAGAACCCGCUGAUAUCCGCAACAGUGGUAUUUUUGAUAUUCUCGAGAACACUGAUACGAGUACGGAAUGGAAUACCAGCAAUGUUUCUGAUCACGAACAAAUAGUGGAAGAAAAUCCUUUUAUUCAAACUAAUGACAGCUAUGAUGCUGUAAACUCAACGAAUGAUGCGGGAACCGAAGAUAAUUUGGUAGAAACAAACGAAAUCACAACCACCAGCACUUCCACAGUGGUUACAGAUCCCGCAAAUCUCUCUACUGAUCAACCCCAAUAUGCCACAGAUGCAUCGGAACCAAUCACAACUGAAUCUUCGCUAAUAGUUGAAAACACUUCGGAACCAGUCCAGGAAACUGAAACGGAAGUUCCCUUCGACUCAUCAUCACACCUAUUUCAAGAAGUGCCAGCAGCGGUUUCUGUAUCCGAACCUACUGCAGUAGUUGAUCAAACUAAUGCGACCCCUUUGAAGUCGGAUGAUCAACCGACACAUCCCAAUCGCAUACUAGCUGGUGGGUUGGGUAAUUUGCUUGCACACAGCCAUCACCACCAUCACCACCAUAAUCAUCAUCAUAAUCAUGCUCAUCAUCCUCAUCUUCAUAAUCAUCACGGUCAUGACGAACCAAAAGCAUUGCCAGCUGAAGAAAGAGUGCAGGAAGACAUACAAACGGUUGGGGAUACGCAUUUACAUUUUUCAAAACAAGACGAUUCGAGAGAAUCAGAAAACAUAGCACACACUACAGAACCCCAUCACAACGAGCCGUCUCCUGAACCAACCAAGGAGGCAGCACAUACACACAGUCCACCUCAAGAAACGAUAGUUCAGGCCCAUACUGACAACGUUGGCCUAGAUGGGACCGAAAACGGAUACUGUAACAGUCUGGUUUCCGAUUGCCCGCCUGCAUCUGCUUCAAACGUACUGCCAACGACCCAGCAAACGAACGGUGUAGAUAUUUCUCAUCAUUCUCUUGCAAGCCAACUUCCACCACCAAUGAGUGAGAGCACAGGAUGGAGAAACGGAGGCGAAAUCGAGCAACCAAAGGAUGUUUCGCAGGAAUCGGCUGGAGCCGAUUAUCUGACAGCGGAGAAUCCUCCGAUCGGGGAAUACGUAGAUGCAUUCGUUCGCGAGGCCAUUAAAUUGAGCGAUCUUAUUCUGAUGCUGGCAAUAACGUCCUUUACAUUGUUGGUCUUUUCGCUGGGACACUAUCUGAUCAAUAAGAAUCGACGCGAAAAACCUCUGAUUUAUAAGCUGAAUAUGGUCGAGCGUGACCUGAUGACGUCGUACAAAGAAAAUGGAUUGCUCAAGAACGAACUGCAGGAUACCAAGCAUAAGCUGACGAGCAUCGAGAACAAUUCAUUCGGUUCGAACGAUAUGGUAAUAGCCCUGAAGGCGGAGCUGGAAGCAGCCGAGGAGGUGAAGCUGGAGCUGCAGGAUCAAAUAGCGGGGUUGGAAAAAGAGCUCGAGAACGCCGCUGAAGCUGGGCUGGAGUUAAACAAAAUGGUAGCGGAGCUGUUGAACCAAAAUGGCAGUGAUUCGAUUGCUCUCAGCGUUGAAGAACUUCAGCGUCAACUCAACGAGCAGCAGCAAACAAUUCUCACGAUGAACGCGUCGCUGGCGGAAAAAAGUCGUGAAAAUAGCGAUCUACAGAUAACCAUCACGAGUCAGACGAGCAAGUUCAACGAGCGCUUAAGCGAACUGGAACGGGCACGGACCGAACUUUCGGAGCGGCGAACAGCGCUGGAAGCGGAAGUGGUGCGAUUACAAUCCGAGCAGCACGAGAAGGUUGAGGGUUUGCGAAAGGAAUCGACGCUGGAAAUCGAUCGACUGAGUAGAGAGUUGAAGGCGGCUCAAGCCAAAGCCGACGAGGGUCGACGAGCGAUCGCUGCUGCCGAAGCCAAGUGCGAGGCCCUAGAGGAGUGCCUGAAGGAGAUCAAAUCCGCGGGACCUGGUGGUCAGACAACUAAAGGUCUGAUCGAUUCGGUUGAGCUUAAAGCGCAAAUCGCAUUAGUGGCAAAGGAGAAGGCCAACUUGCAAGACAAACUGCAGGGCGAAAUUAUUGCCCGCCAGCUUGUAGAAGAUCAUAUGAAAAUGGUAAAUGAGGAAAUUUCGGUCUUGAAGCGCGACUUUAGUAAAUCGGAAAAGGAUAAACUGGAAGCAGAAACGAGACUCGAGGUGCUAUCUACCUAUUUUAAGGAAAAGGAAUCCCAACUGCAAAAGGAAUUAAGCGUGAAGGAAGCGAUGUGGAUGCAACAGCAAGGGGAAACGACGACGACUGUGGAAAAGAUUCGCCACAUGCAGGAUGAAAUACAACAACUAAAAUCGCAAAAUGACAAAUUACGAGCGGAAAUUGAGGCCCAAACUGCGGCACACAAAGCACAGUAUACAACACUCGAAACACGUUCACAUGACGCGUGGCUCACCGCCCGCCAAGCAGAGCGACGCCUCGAGGAAGCGCGGAAUGAAUCUGCGGCCCUUCGUCGCAAGCUUACGGCACUCGGUGAUGUUUCGGCUUCAAGUGAUGGAAUGAUGCAUUUACAAAAUGCAGCCAUAACACAACCCGAUCUCGGUCUGACGGCUCCAUCGCCCAUUCGAGUGGAGUCUCCGAACGCUCCUCCACCUCCUCCGUUAAUGGGUGUGCUUCCACCGCCACCCUUUAUGCCACCGUUUUUGCCCGGUCCACCACCUCCAUUCAUGUCACCGUUCAUGCCACCUCCUCACGGUCCCGGAGAAAUGAGGCCACCACCGUUGGGACGUCUAAUGUCACCACCACCACCGGCCGGUAAUCGGUACUCCCCCAAUAGUGUCAUUGAUGCCCGGGACCGCUACAGCCCCGACCGAGGUCGUUACUCUCCCGACAGUCGAUACGACUACUCGGUCAUGUCCACGUACGAAACGGAGAACGAUUUCAGCCCACCACCUUCUCCACCCCAUCAUUCACGGCACUCAAAUUACGAUCGAGAACGUGAUCGGGAUCGUGUACGUGACCGAGACCGUGACCGAGAGCGUGACCGGGAUAGGGAUCGAGAUCGCGAUCGUGAUGGUGAUCGUGAUCGUGAGCGUGAUCAUCGAGAUGGUCGAGCCAGUGGAAACGGAGGAUACCCGAGAGGAUUUACACCGACCGACAUGCGCACGUCGCCUCCGUUGCAGGAUCCAAGGAACAAAAAAUUUGCAGGAGGUUUCAGCUCCGGUUCGCAGGAUUCUCUAGGGACCCGCAAAAGUUCAGGAAAAUAUAGAUCAAACGUCAACCGCUAGCACAUUAGACACAGGAUCGUGGACACCUAUAGUGUUCACAUGUUGCCCGCUGUCGACCUUCCCAAAAACUUCCAUCUUGGUCCGAACAUGUGCAAUGAUAUGAGUGCUUUCGGACGUUAUGCAAACAACGUGUCCUUCUAACGAACGCAAACCACACAGCUCAACAAACAAACCCGUUAGUGAAAUGAGCGUGAACGGAAUGAAUGCUGAAAAUAUAUGUUACAAAUCUUAUUUAUUUACGAGUGCGGUUAUCUAGUUCUUCAUCUUUCGGAUGGUAUUACAGAUGACAAGACUGAAAGGAAUAAAAAGUUCAGUGUGUUCCAGUAGGCU